UUAAAUCAAGAGAGCUAUACAAUCCCACAUAUUACCAAUGAAGUUCACAAACCCUCGAGUCCUGCUUUUCAUUCUCUCUGUCCUUUCACUCUCGAUACCAUGGACAACUGCAGGAACAGUUUCCAUUGAUCGCUUUCUCCAAUGCCUCACAAAAUAUCCUCACCCUGCCCACACAAUCCAAGGAUCAAUUUACACCCCUCAAAAUAGCUCAUUUCAAUCUGUUUUGGUAGCACAUAUCAAUAAUCGCAGAUAUUCUACAGCCGCAACUCCAAAACCUCUGGCCAUAAUAGCCGCCAAGAAUGAGUCCCAUGUCCAAGCAACAGUGCUUUGUGCCAAACAUCAUGGGUUGCAAAUUAAAAUCCGAAGUGGCGGCCAUGAUUUCGAGGGUUUAUCUUACACGUCGGAUGUGCCAUUCGUCAUUCUCGACAUGUUUAAUAUUAACUCCAUUGAUGUUAAUGUUGCGGAUGAGAGCGCUUGGGUUCACUCUGGAGCUACUCUUGGAGAAGUUUAUUAUGCAAUUGCUGCAAAAACCAACGUUUACGGCUUUCCUGCUGGGAUUUGUCCAACGGUUGGUGCUGGUGGCCAUUUUAGUGGCGGCGGCUAUGGGUUUAUGAUGAGAAAGUAUGGGCUUAGCAUCGAUAAUAUCGUGGAUGCUAAGCUAGUUACUGCUAAUGGUAGAAUCCUUGAUAGAAAGUCAAUGGGAGAGGACCUUUUCUGGGCCAUCAGAGGAGGUGGUGGAGCUAGCUUUGGAGUUAUUCUUUCAUGGAAGCUCAAGCUGGUACCAGUUCCACCCAAAGUGACUGUGUUCAACCUUACCAGGACCAUAGAGGAAGGUGUUACAGAUUUGGUUUACAAGUGGCAAACUGUUGCACCCAAGCUGCCCAAAGAGGUCUUCCUCAGAGCACAGCCACAAGUGAAGAAUAUUGAUACCAAGGGAAACAAGACUGUGGGAGUAUCAUUCAUUGGCCAUUUCUUGGGAACAAGUGACAAGGUUGUGGCAUUGUUGAAUGAGAGUUUCCCUGAACUGGGCUUACAACGAAAAAACUGCUAUGAAGUGAGCUGGGUGGAAUCCACUGUAUUUUGGGCUGAAAGUCCUAUUGGAACCCCCAUAGAAAUUCUUCUCAGCAAGCCAACUGAACCAGAGACCUUCUACAAAGGUAAGUCAGACUAUGUGAAGGAACCAAUUCCAAAACAUGUUUUUGAUUCUAUAUGGAAGAAGAUGAUUGAGAUAGAGCACAUUUGGUUGGAUUGGAACCCUUAUGGUGGAAGAAUGAGUGAGAUUUCCGAGUCAGCAACUCCAUACCCUCACAGGGCCGGAAACCUAUUUUUUGCUCUAUACUAUUCGUCGUGGUAUGACGAAGGGACUGAGGCCACCAACAAGUACGUUCGCUUAACAAGAGAGUUGUAUGACAUGAUGACACCAUAUGUCUCCAAGAAUCCAAGAGAGGCCUUCCAAAACUACAGGGAUCUCGACAUCGGUGCGAACCAAGAUAAUAAGACUAACUUUGAAACUGCUACACUUUAUGGAAGGAAGUACUUCAAAGGAAAUUUUGAUAGAUUGGUGCGUGUGAAAACCAUGGUCGAUCCUCAUAAUUUUUUCAAGCAUAAGCAAAGUAUCCCUCCUCUUUAGAGAGAGAUGUAUACUAUAUGUUUAUGUGAUAUCUGUAACGAAUAAAUUCCACCUCUAAGAGAGAGAGAGAGAGAGAGAUAGAAUAAGUGGGAGGUUAACAUAAAUCAUCUUAUGAGCUAUGUGUCAUGCUUGAUGAUGUUAUUAAUUUUACCAAAGUAUUCAUUUC